AUGGCUCCGCUCUCACAAGAAACCAUAGCAAGACUAAAAGAAUACAACUAUUCUCCACUCAUAUUCGAGACUGAACGUCAAGCCACUUUGAUUCUACAACGUCUUGAUAAAUUUCGAGAUCUUAACAAUAAUCAUGUAGGAGCAACGUUGAAUAAUACUCUCCAACAACAACAACUAAGAGAAAAGUUGAAUACUUUGCAACAACAAGUCCAACUCAGACAACAGCAACAAUUCCAACUCGGACAGCAGAAACGUCUUAACAGUAUAGUUGCACAAAAGGAUGGGAAGAAAAUAAAGAAUGAAGCUGAAGUAAUUGCACCUGUCGUACCACAAUACAUCAACAAGCUCUACGGUGUCCCCGCUUUUGUCCCCCCUAUUAACAACAAUGUGAGCAAUAUUGGAAAUAAUGCACCGAUUAACUCCAAUGUAAGCAAGAUUGGAAAUGGCGCACCUAUUAACAACAAUGUGAGCAAGAUUGGAAAUAGUGCACCUAUUAACAACAAUUGGAGCAAUACUGGAAAUUAUUCUUCCCAAUUUACCAACAUAUGGGAUAGAGCUACAAAUAAUAAAUGUGUGGAUGACCUGCGUGGUCCUGAUGGUCAACUUCCUGAGAAGUUGAGGAAUGUAACACCUCACCACAUUGAACAUGUCAGCAACGAGAUUAUGAUUAAAAAUCCCAAUGUCCACUGGGAUGAUAUUGCUGGACUGGCCCAUGCCAAAAAAUGUGUCAACGAGAUGGCCAUAUAUCCUCUGCGACGUCCUGACUUAUUUAUGGGCUGCCGUUCUCCUGGGAAAGGUCUGCUGCUAUUCGGUCCACCAGGAACUGGUAAAACAAUGAUUGGAAAAGCCAUAGCUGGGGAGGCAAAGGCAGCCUUCUUUUACAUAUCUGCAAGCUCGCUAUCUAGCAAAUGGUAUGGUGAAGGUGAAAAGCUAGUAAGAGCCCUCUUUGGAGUGGCCAGUUGUCGUCAGCCAGCAGUAAUAUUUGUUGAUGAAAUAGAUUCGCUCUUGUCUCAGAGAAUGUCAAAUGGUAAUGAGCAUGAAGCAUCUAGACGUAUCAAGACACAGUUUCUUAUUGAAAUGGAAGGCUUUGACGGUGGUGACGACCAAGUCUUGGUUAUUGGCGCAACAAAUCGUCCGCAAGAUCUUGAUGAAGCAGCACGAAGGAGACUUACUAAACGACUGUACAUUCCCCUACCAUCGUCAGAGGCAAGAGCUUGGAUUGUACGUAACCUUUUAGAGAAGGAUGGCUUAUUCAAGAUAUCAAAUGAGGAAAUGGAGAUUAUAUGCAACUUAACAGAAGGUUAUUCAGGAUCAGACAUGAAAAACUUAGUGAAGGAUGCUUCUAUGGGUCCACUAAGAGAGGCAAUGGAACAAGGUAUAGAUAUUAUGGAGUUGAAAAAAGAGGAUAUGAGGCCAGUAACUCUUCAGGACUUCAAGAAUUCCCUGCAAGAGAUAAGGCCUUCUGUUUCACCUAAUGAACUUGGCACUUUUGAGCAAUGGAACAAGCAAUUUGGAACCCUAGCUGUUUAG